AUGGAGAAGAAACUCGGCUACGACUCCGGAGCGGCGUUGAUGGCUGAAGGGGCCGAAGUGCUGCACCAACACCUCGCGUCCAAGGUCGAAACAUCUUUGGGCUCCGCGAUUCCUCAGAUGGACGUGCGGUUCAGCAAUUUGUCCGUCACUGCCGACAUCGUCGUGGUCGAUGACUCCGGGUCCAAGUACGAGCUGCCGACCAUCCCCAACACGCUCAAGAAGGCCUUCGUCGGGCCCAAGAAGCGCGUGGUACGGAAGGAAGUCCUCAAGGACAUCAGCGGCGCCUUCAGGCCGAGUAGAAUCGCCCUACUUCUGGGCCAACCGGGGUCUGGCAAGUCGUCUCUCUUGAAAAUGCUGAGUGGGAGAUUCUCCGUCGAGAAGAACAUCACGGUGGAGGGUGACAUCACCUUCAACAAUGUGAAGCGCGAGCAGGUUAUCCAGCGCCUGCCUCAGUUCGUGUCGUAUGUGAACCAGCGCGACAAGCACUACCCCAUGCUGACGGUCAAGGAGACGCUGGAGUUCGCCGACAAGUUUUGCGGAAGUUCUCUGUCCAAGCACAACGAGCAGAUGCUGACUCAGGGCAGUGACAAGGAGAACGCGGACGCACUGAGCAUUGUCAAGGCUGUCUUCGCGCACUACCCGGACGUUGUGUUGCAGCAGCUUGGCCUGAAGAACUGUCAGGAUACGAUCGUGGGUGACGCUAUGACGCGAGGAAUCUCUGGGGGUGAGCGCAAGCGCGUCACCACCGGCGAGAUGGAGUUCGGCACCAAGUUCGUGUCGCUCAUGGACGAGAUCAGCACGGGGCUGGACAGCGCGGCAACGUACGACAUCAUCAACACGCAGCGCAGCAUCGCCCAUACAUUGCACAAGAACGUCGUGAUCGCUCUGCUGCAGCCGUCGCCCGAAGUUUUCUCGCUUUUCGACGACGUGAUGAUCCUAAACGAGGGGCAGCUCAUGUACCAUGGCCCGUGCUCUGAAGUCGAGAGAUACUUCGAAGAUCUGGGCUUCUCGUGCCCCCCUGGACGCGACAUCGCCGACUAUUUGCUGGAUCUGGGCACGUCCGAGCAGUAUCGCUGCCAGGAGAUGCUCCGAACUCUGGAGGCUCCACCCGACCCUGAACUGCUGCGUUGUGCGACGCAAAGCAUGGAUCCGACGCCAACCUUCAACCAGUCGUUCAUCGAGAGCACCUUGACUCUGCUCAGACGCCAGCUCCUGGUCACGUACCGGAACAAGCCCUUCAUCCUCGGAGGACUUUUGAUGAUCACGGUCAUGGGGCUGCUCUACUGCACCGUGUUCUACGACUUUGACCCGACCGAAGUGUCAGUGGUGCUCGGGGUCGUCUUCUCCUCAGUCAUGUUCGUGUCCAUGGGGCAGUCGUCCCAGAUCGCCACCUACAUGGCGGAGAGGGAGAUUUUCUACAAGCAACGAGGCGCCAAUUUCUUCCGAACGGGGUCGUACACGAUCAUCUUCGGGUCUCUCGUCUACUGGCUGUGUGGGUUCGAGUCGGACAUCUCGCUGUACCUCAUCUUCGAGCUUGUGCUGUUUCUCACGAAUUUGGCCAUGGGGAUGUGGUUCUUCUUCUUGUGUUCAAUCGGCCCCAACGCGAACAUUGUGACCCCAUUAAGCGUGUGCAGCGUCCUCGUUUUCGUCGUUUUCGUCGUUUUCGCUGGCUUCAUUGGCGCGUGGAUACUGGAACCAAGUCCGAACGGCAACUUGUGUUUUUCGAAAGAAAUCCGAGUGCUUUCGAAGAGCACUCGGAAAUUCCCGGACUAUUUGAUUUUCGCCCAUUGGUUGAGUCCAAUGAGCUGGAGUGUCAAGGCGCUGUCGAUCAACCAAUACCGGUCAGACGCAAUGGACGUGUGCAAGUACUGGGUCGCGUACGGUAUCGUCUACUCGGCUGCCAUCUACGUCGUCUUCAUGUUCCUGUCGUGUCUUGGACUCGAGUAUCUCCGCUACGAAACCCCAGAAAACGUCGACGUCUCGGAGAAACCCGUUGAUGAUGAGUCAUACGCGUUGAUGAAUACGCCGAAGAACACGAACUCUGGGGGUAGCUACGCCAUGGAGGUAGAAUCUCAAGAGAAGAGCUUUGUUCCGGUGACUAUGGCUUUCCAAGAUCUGCACUACUUCGUGCCUGACCCACACAAUCCGAAGGACUCUCUCGAGCUGCUCAAGGGCAUCAACGGCUUUGCAGUUCCUGCAUCUAUCACCGCGUUAAUGGGCUCUUCGGGCGCUGGAAAGACGACGCUCAUGGACGUGAUCGCUGGGCGUAAGACCGGAGGGAAGAUCACGGGGAAGAUUCUACUCAACGGCUACGAAGCCAACGAUCUCGCCAUCCGCCGGUGCACGGGGUACUGCGAGCAGAUGGACGUGCACUCGGAGGCUGCUACGAUUCGUGAGGCGCUGACGUUUAGUUCAUUUCUCCGUCAAGACGCUUCCAUUCCGGACGCCAAGAAGUACGAGUCGGUGGACGAAUGUAUUGAGCUGCUUGGACUAGAAGACAUCGCCGACCAGAUCAUCCGCGGCAGUUCUGUGGAGCAGAUGAAGCGCCUGACAAUUGGCGUCGAACUCGCUGCCCAACCGAGCGUGAUCUUCCUAGACGAGCCCACAAGCGGCCUGGACGCACGUUCUGCCAAGCUCGUCAUGGAUGGUGUCCGCAAGGUCGCUGACUCGGGGAGAACCAUCAUCUGCACCAUCCACCAGCCGUCCGCUGAGGUGUUCUACUUGUUCGACAGCUUGCUGCUGCUCAAGCGCGGUGGCGAGAUCGUGUUCUUCGGUGAAUUGGGUGAGAACUGCUGCAACUUGAUCAACUACUUCCUAUCGAUCCCCGGUGUGGCUCCGCUUCCGCUGGGCUACAACCCUGCGACGUGGAUGCUGGAGUGUAUCGGUGCUGGUGUGAGCAAUUCCGCGGCUGGCAGCAUGGAUUUCGUGAACUUCUUCAACAGCAGCGCUCUCAGUCGGGCACUGAAGAAUAAUAUGGCGAAGGAAGGCAUUACAACGCCGUCGCCAGACCUCCCGGAGAUGGUUUUUGCUGAGAAGCGCGCCGCUAACUCCAUCACGCAGAUGAAGUUCGUGCUACACCCUCACGCGCAUGAUCCUCUCGCUGUCUUCUUUGCGUUGCUGUUCGGCGUUGUAUCCAUCGACGCCGACUACGCGUCCUACUCGGGCCUCAACUCGGGCGUCGGUAUGGUGUACAUGGCUGCUCUCUUCCAAGCUAUCAUGACCUUCCAGAGCGUUCUACCCCUCGCGUGCUCUGAACGCGCCUCAUACUACCGUGAACGUGCAAAUCAAAGUUUCAAUGCGCUCUGGUACUUCGUGGGCUCUACCAUCGUCGAGAUCCCCUACUGCUUAUGCAGCGGGUUCUUGUUCACGGUUGUGUUCUACCCCAUGUCCGCCGGCCUCUCGAUCCCGUCCGGGUACGAUUGGAUGUACAAGAUCUCGCCACUUUGGUUCCCUCUCUCCAUCAUGGAAGCGCUGGUGUUUGCCGACUGUGACGAGCUCCCGACGUGGAACGAGAGCACGCAGGCGUAUGAGAACGUGGGGUCGAAAUUCGGGUGCCAACCGAUGGAGAACUCCCCCGUGACUGUGGGUCACAUCACCAUCAAGGAGUACACGGAGCAGUACUUCGGCUUCAAGCACGAGUCGAUCACCCACUUCUUCUUCUUCAUCAUCGGCUGCAUCGUGCUCUUCCGCGUCGUCGGCCUCAUCGCUCUGCGCUUCCUCAACCACCAGAAGCGCUAA